AUGGAGAUGGCAAUUCAUGUCGAUUGUAAUGAUGGUGAUGCUGAUGAGCCACUCAUGAACACGAGCAUGAGGACGUGGAUGGCGAAGACGAUGACGCAGAUGGCCGCAUGUUUUUCUGUUGUCCCGUGCAUGGAUGCACUUGACGGAGAUCGUUUGUGCAAGACCACGACAGCUUGCAAGAAAGAUUGUGACACGGCCUUGCUGAGACAUCGGCCCCCGGCCCUCUUGCGGAACGCCCACGGCUCAAGCGAGAUGGGCUCCGCGGUGCCAUUCUGGCCAAGUGAACAGCCUGUGGGCAUGCUGCGACAACUUCAGCUGGUCGUGACCUCAGCCGAUGCUGCCUUAGGCACCUCCUACGGCGACAGCUACAGCGACUCUAGCGACAACAGCUCAUCUAAAGCUGGAUUCCACAGCUCCCACGAGCUGCAUGAUAUGGUAGCAAGAUGGCAAGCAAGCCAUGUGAAUGCAUCAGAAAGGUCAGAGAUAAUCCUAAAGUACGGUGAGGUGGUAGACUGGAAUGUGUCUCUGGUGACAAACAUGAGCGGGCUUUUCAUGGUUUCGGCCUUCAAUGAAGAUAUAAGCAUGUGGGAUACAUCAGCCGUCACCGACAUGACUGACAUGUUUAGCCGCGCAGCUGCCUUCAACCAGGACAUUGGCAGGUGGGACACCUCAAGAGUAACAAGCAUGGACAGGAUGUUCAGAGGGGCUAUUGCCUUCAACCAGGACAUUGGCAGUUGGGACACUUCACGCGUCACAAGCAUGGAUUCGAUGUUCAGGGGCGCCAGUAGCUUCAACCAGGACAUUGGCAGCUGGGACACCUCAAGAGUGACAAACAUGGAGGGGUUGUUUGACUCUGCGGUUGCCUUCAACCAGGACAUUGGCAGCUGGGACACCUCAAGAGUGACAAGCAUGGCCCGCAUGUUCAGGAAGUCAGCUGCUUUCAACCAAGAUAUUGGAAGUUGGGACACUUCAAGAGUGACGAGCAUGGCUGCCAUGUUCAGGGGCACGUGGGGAGAGUCAAGUGCCUUCAACCAGGACAUUGGCAGGUGGGACACCUCAAGCGUCACCCGCAUGAAUCGAAUGUUUUGCCUUGCAACCUCCUUCAACCAGGACAUUGGCGGGUGGGACACCUCAAGAGUGACAAGCAUGGCUGGCAUGUUCGCCGAGGCCUACGCCUUCAACCGGGUCAUUGGCAGUUGGGACACCUCAAGAGUGACAAGCAUGGCCGGCAUGUUCUACGGGGCCAUUGCCUUCAACCAGGAUAUUACCAGCUGGAACACCUCAAGGGUCACGAACAUGCAUGCCAUGUUCUCCUAUGCAAGUGCUUUCGACCGGGACAUUGACAGUUGGGACACUUCAAGCGUCACAAGCAUGAGUUCGAUGUUCAGGGGCGCCAGUGCCUUCAACCAGGACAUGGGUACCUGGGACACUUCAAGCGUCACAAGAAUGUCUUGGAUGUUCUGGAACGCCAGUGCUUUCAACCAGAACAUUGGCAGUUGGGACACUUCAAGCGUCAUAAGCAUGGAUUCGAUGUUCAGGGGCGCCAGUGCCUUCAACCAGGACAUUGGCAGUUGGGACACCUCAAGAGUGACAAGCAUGGAGGAGAUGUUUUACUCUGCGGCUGCCUUCAACCAGGACAUUGGCAGGUGGAACACCUCAAGCGUCAGAGACAUGUCUUCCAUGUUCAACAACGCCAGCCAGUUCGACCAGGAUAUCGGAGGAUGGGACACCUCACAUGUCGAAGUCAUGAGCUUCAUGUUCAAGUCUGCCAGUGUCUUCAACCAGGACCUACAGCAGUGGAAUGUCUCUGGUGCCAGUACCGUCGGCAUGUUCGAUGGCGCAGCACUUUUUGACGUGUCACCGUGCAGCCCUGGCAGAACAAGGGCAGAGAACGGACUUGGCUGCAGAGCCUGCCGGGCAGGGCGCUUCUCCUUGGCAGAUUCUGACAGUUGCGAAGAGUGUGGUGCGAACGAGGUGCCGUUUCCGGACCAAAGCAAGUGCAUGGCUUGUUCCGCUUCCCAGUAUGCACGGCGAGGUUCGCAGGCAUGUUUGCCCUGUCAGUGGCCUCUCCUUGUUGUGGAGGAAGGCUGUGCCUGGUGGCACUUGCCUGCAGCUGCAGUGUGCCUUACUCUGCUCAUGGUGAUCUUGGGCUUCGUGGUCUCAUACCGUCGCAGGAGGAGGGCUGCGAAAGCCCAGAAGCUGAUGUCACAGUUGUUUGAGGACAUGUGGGAUGAAGGCCCAGAUACAGCCACUCACUACGAGAGGUUGCUCUGUGGGCUUGGGGUGGACAAGGCCACAGUACCCGAGCGCAUCCAGGAGUUCCGCAAGCUUCAGAGCCAGACAGGCGGAGUGAGCAUGAGCUACCUGCUGUCGGCCGACUUCAGUGACUUAGCACAACAGCGCACGGAUCAAAGCGACCCCACCUUCAAUGAGAUGAAGGACGCCUUCUGGCUGUCAGAUGACCCGAUAGGGCAGAAGGUGAUCUGUCCCCGCGAUGGUCGACAGGGCUGCGCUCUCGUCGACUGGAUUCCACGUAACCACCGUCGGCAGCAAACUCACUUCAUGUCUUGGACGUGGCGCUACCACUUGUCGCAAAUCACAAGCGCUCUAGACAUGCACAGAAAGAGCAUGUCCGAGCUGGUGCCGGAGGAUGUUUUCUUUUACAUGUGCUUCUUCGUCAACAAUCAAUUUAGGAUUAUCGUGGAGGCCACUGGCUCAGGAAGCGACAAUCUCGAGGAAGUUGUCGAGAGCAACUUGCGACGGAUCGGGCGUAUGGUUGCGAUCCUAGACACUUGGGACGCACCGGUGUACUUGACCCGCAUCUGGACCGUUUACGAACAGUUCGUGGCAUCGAAAACGGGGAUUGAGGUGAGCUUUGCAAUGCCCCAGCAAGCUUCCGAGUCUCUAGAGCUGGAGGUAGGUCGCGGAAGCGACGGCAUCGGCCGAGUGACGCAGUCGGUAAGCCGUGUUGACGCAGCGAAUGCGAGAGCAUGGAAAGAGGACGACGAGAUCAAUAUAAAGAUGCUCAUGCAACAAACCGUGGGCUUCAAGCAAGUCAACAGCCAUGUGAUCCAGGCUAUGGCAACAUGGAUCGGGAAGGUGAUGCAAGACAUUUUUCAACGCAAAAUUGACAAAAUUGACUCGCACCGCAAGCACUUCAUGGAUAGCUCCACGGAUGAAGCUCACGCAGACAUGCUUUGA